UGUGCCGAAGAGGUUGUCAUAUUUUCCCCGUGGUUUAUCGGAAACGGACCCUCAUCAAAAACCUUAACUUUUUUAGUCUGAGAGAGAGAGUGUGCGCUUCUUGAAGCCGAGGAUAGGACUCUUAGGGUCGGGAUCAAAAAACUUUGGAACUUUAUCAAGUUUGGAGUUUGUGAACUCCGCGUUUGUAUCCAAUGAGGACUAACGGGUUUUCAAGAUGGCCGACGAGGCCGAAGUUAUUUGUAGAAUCCUUACUUGUCAUGACUUUAUUACAUGGCUAUGGAGUAAUUGCACGCAAAGUUAACCUCCCAUUGUAUUUGGCAGAGCAACUGAGUACACUGGAGUGCCCAGAUGACAUCAGAAUCGGGGAAAAUGACUUACCAGGAUGGGACGUGAUUAGGCUGUUUACGUUAGACAACCAGGCAUCUGGAAUUAAAGAAAUACCUGGGUCUAAUGAGUAUCAGACGGCGUAUAAAAUCAACAAAAAGAGCGACCUGGUUCGAUUCCCUACCAGUGCAUUAUUCCCAGAUGGCAUCCCUGAUGAGUUCUCCUUUGUCUCAACCUUCAAGAUGAGUCCAGCAGCUCGGGAGGAAGACUGGCUUUUGUGGCAGAUCCGAGACCGAGCCAAGGUCCCCCAGUUGGCUUUCAGACUCAAUGGAGAGCAGAAGGCGCUUCAGAUCGUCUACGUUGACACAGAGAGGCAGCUUCAGAGCGUCAGCUUCAGGGAUGUUGAAGCGCUGUUUGACGGUGACUGGCACAAGCUUCACAUCAUCAUGCUGCGCGAUCGUGUGACAGUGUUUGUCGAUUGUAAGAUUGUCUCAUCUACCUUGAUCUCCCCUCGUGGCGUUGUUGACUACACCGGGAAAAUCAGCAUUGGCAGAACCCUUCAGGAUGAUCAACCUGUACCGUUUGAGCUUCAGUGGAUGAUAAUACACUGUGACCCUUCAAGACCAGAGCGAGAUAACUGCGAUGAGCUACCGCUACCACCAGUGGGUCCGACGACAGGGCAGUGUGAACAAGUUUGUCCUGCAGGACCUAUUGGACCAGAGGGCCCAUCGGGUGCACCUGGACGUCCAGGGCAGACUGGAGCACCGGGGGCACCAGGUGCCCAGGGGCAACAAGGCAGGGAUGGACUACAAGGUUCAAUCGGAUUUAGGGGGGAGCCUGGUACAUCUGGCCCACCAGGACAGCCAGGCCCAAGGGGUGAUCCAGGACCAAUGGGUAUAGAUGGUAUCAAUGGACAGCGCGGUGAAAAGGGUGAACAAGGUUUUAGUGGUCUGACUGGACCGGAAGGACCCCAGGGUCAAACAGGAUUCCCGGGUGAUCCUGGCCCCCGAGGACCUGCUGGGGACUUCACCAACAUUGAGGAUCUUGUGAAGGAACUUGGCCUACUGAAGGGUGAGCAGGGAUUACCGGGUCUGCCUGGCUUAAAUGGAGUUCCGGGUGAAAACGGUGUACGUGGACCACGUGGAGGUAGAGGCCAACAGGGAGCAGCUGGUCUUGACGGUAAGGAUGGAGCUUCAGGAAUUCAAGGAGUACAGGGACCUGCUGGACCUCAAGGACCACCAGGCCCACCUGGUAGACCGGGGACUGAAUCAGAAUUCUCACAAGGGCCGACAGAGAUUGUGGGGCCACCUGGGCCACCCGGACCCCCAGGCCCACGGGGAGUUCAAGGAAUACAGGGAGAAACCGGACCUAGAGGCGAUGCUGGAAGACCAGGACUAACUGGUGAUAAGGGUGACGAGGGUCUCCAAGGAUCUGUUGGGAAGACCGGUGAAACGGGAAAAAGGGGAGUCCAGGGUGUUCAAGGAGUUCCAGGCCCACGAGGUGACAAAGGAGAGAGGGGAAUUCAAGGCCUCAUUGGUAUUCAAGGACCUACUGGUAUUGUUGGACCUAGGGGAAACGAUGGCCCACGAGGUUCCCCAGGCCCUCCUGGUAUUGCAGGAGCCAAGGGUUCUCUUGGUAACACAGGAUCCCCUGGUCUUCCAGGAAUGAAAGGAGAAAAGGGAAGCGCAGGUCUUGCAGGCUCACGAGGAACAGAUGGUACCGAUGGUCAAAGGGGAGCUAAAGGUGACGAUGGAGAACGAGGCUCACCAGGUCCUCUUGGACACAUGGGACCACCUGGACCGAUUGGUGACCCUGGACCAGAGGGUGAAGUAGGAGGCCCUGGUAGGAAAGGAGAUUCCGGCCUUCAAGGACCCAGAGGAGUUCCAGGUUUACAAGGUCCUAAAGGACAGAUUGGUGUGUUUGGACCUAAUGGCCCCAAAGGAGAGAGAGGUCAACCCGGUAUACAAGGCAUCAAGGGACAAGGUGGACCUAAGGGUAAGAUUGGUAGCGCCGGUGUCAUUGGUCCGCCAGGCUUGAAGGGAUCCAUGGGUAUUGCAGGACCCCCAGGCUCACGAGGUGAAGAGGGACAGAAGGGAGACAAGGGAUCUGCUGGGGAGAGAGGUAACACUGGACGGCAUGGGGAGUCUGGUAAAACAGGGCCAGUAGGUCCUCCUGGACUGGAUGGAUUAAAAGGCUCUCGUGGUGACAAUGGUCAAGCAGGUCCUAGAGGUCCAACCGGUCUUAGAGGAGCAACAGGUACAGAUGGAAGUAAGGGUGAAGCCGGGGUCAGAGGUUACCCUGGAUCUACAGGGGAACCAGGUCAGCCGGGUCGUACACCAUCAGAUGACGAUAUUGCCAAAAUAGUGGAAAGAGUACUGCAGAGUCAGAUGCAAAAUAUAGCGUCCCGUAUGACCGGCCCACCAGGUCCUCCUGGUUUAGCGCUCCGUGGAAGCCCAGGUCUACGAGGAAACCAAGGCCCGUCAGGUUCCCCAGGAAAUAAGGGUCUUCCGGGAGAGCCAGGCCUUCAAGGAUUCCGUGGAGAACGUGGUGAUUCGGGACCCGAUGGACCAAGAGGUACAAGAGGACCUCGUGGUGACAAAGGAAACAAGGGACUUGGUCACAGAGGCUAUCCAGGACACAUGGGCUUACCAGGUUUACCAGGAGAGCCUGGAAUCGCUAGGGACGGUAAAGAUGGUGCUCCAGGCCCUCGUGGUCCUGGUGGAGUCCGAGGUACAAGAGGUCCUACUGGUCUGCAGGGUGCAGCUGGCUACUGCGAAUAUUGUAACUAUCCUGGAGCCCAGCCUUUGGUUAACCCUUACCCAUAUCAGACAUAUGUCGAUCUCAACAACAAAGGCUAGAACGACAAAAACAACUUUUUUUUCUUAUUCUUAUUUCCUCUAAAGUACGCAGCUUUGAGAUGGUAAGUUUAAACGGAUUUUUAGUAGUGCGUUGAAACUUGCCAGAUGUGUUACUUUAGUGAGAAAUUGAUUAUUCAGUUUAUGCUACUUUUGCUGAGUUGUAGACUACCAAAUAUUCUUGUAAUACCCAGUACACAAGUAUCACACCCUUUUAACUAUUUUGUCAGACUUGUAUAUAAAAAUCUUGAUUUUUGUCUCUUUUUUUUUCAUGUUGUUGUAAAUUUCCCCCAAGCAAAAUUUCUCAAAACUUUUUUUAUUGCAUAUAAUGACAUUACAUAUUCUUAACAAAACAACUCAAUUUACCAAUUAGAUUUGGUUUUGGAAAUAAAAUUGAUACAUCGUAUCAGAAAACAAUAUUCACUGCUUUUUAUGAUUUUUGUGUGUAGCCUAGAUGACCUGGCUUAACUACUCAGAUUUUACGGCCAAUAUUUUGAUGGUGCUAUUCCCAAUAAUUUCAUCAACGUUUUUUCAUAAAUAUUUGUGAUACUCUUUAAAGUAAUUUUCAUUAUUAUUAUAUUUUCUUAGAAUAACAAUAGAGCAUAGUUUUUAAUAUAAAUUGAUUAUUGCUUUGUAGCCAAAUGUAGCAGACAUCUAUCUACUUGAAGAAAAACAAAAUAAAAUAUUGCGCAGUAAUUUAAAAAAUGUUUGGUACCAAUAAAAAUUUGUUGUUACUUAUGGCUUAAGAUGGAUAUACAUACAGCAUGAUAUAGCAUUGAAAACAUGAGACAUAAAUGUAAUUUUGUUUGACCAAUACAUCAUCCAGAUAAGCAUUGUAAACCCAUUGCUUUCCAAAUCAUGUUUAAAACAAAAUCUACAUGCAACUCGGAUUGGAUUCGAACCUACGACACCCCCUUUCUAGCCAUUGUUGCUUUACUGGCAAGAGUGUGCCUAGCUAUGUUUUAUAUAGCACUUUAAAGGUGAGUCAACAGCUGCAGUGGCAGAAACUGCCGGGCAUUUCCCUUCUCUUUAAUAAGUAUACUGGGUUCUUUUACUAAUGUACUUACGGCUUCUUGUCCGAUCCGAAGGACGAAGUAUUGAUGGUUGUCUUGCUGAAGGACAAUUGUGCCACAACCCAGAAAGAAACUCAAACCCUUGCACCAGAAUAUGAGUUUGGUGCUCUAUACCACACAGCCACUCAUCCUCAAUGCUGUAUCGUGCAUAUGAUAAUUUGUUCCACUUUUGCAUGCAUCUAUUUAACAGGUCUGCGCUACUCCACUCUCUAAAUAAUGUGUGGCAAGUAUAUUCUUAACAAUUGGAUUUCAACAGCUUUCUUUGUUAGCAUUGAGCGUAUACAAUAGUCACUGUAAAUACACCAUCUUAUGAUAAAUUUCUUUUAGAUAGAAAUGCUUAUUUUUAGUACUCCGUGUUCCAGUUUGUGAUCAAUAUAAAUCCAUAAAUAAAUAAAAAUGUCUGAUGUGUUGGUAUACUAUGAUAGCAGCUUUAUAAGUCGGUAGUACAUCACUUUAAUACUAACGUCUAACUAAUAGAAAUUGUGGGGUUUUCUUAGCACAAUUUUAUAAAACAAUAUUGAAAAAAAAAUAUAUAUAAAAAGUUUAUAAACAUCAACAAAACUAAUCAAAUGAACGAGGUUCGACAUACAUAAUAUUUCUUUAACUUCAUGCCUUGCCUCAUUUUGGCAUUGGAUAAAUCGAGGGUGAACAAGCCUUAAAGGUGUUGUCUUAAUUCCUUUCUCUCAAGUAUUCAGCUAGUCAAACUAACACCUUUAACCUGCUUGAGGGCUUUGUGACUCAAACUGUUUCAGACAUUUGAAGCUUCCGAAUGACUGGUACAUGCCACUGAGUACUAAUAUUGGUCAAAGGUUAACAUGUAUGCACCGAAUUAUUCAGGGUUGGGCGAUAAGAUAAGCCUUGACAAAUAGGAUACAAUACUUUUUGGGUGAAA